AUGGCUUCUCAUUUUGCUAGCAUCAGCGGCGCCCGCUCUAACGCCAACCCCUAUAGAGUUUUGAUUGCUGGUGGCUGCUACGGCGGCCUAGCCGUGGCCGUCAAUCUACUCGAAAAGUGCGACACCAUCGAGUCUCCUAUCCCGAUCGAGAUCACCAUUGUUGAUGAGCGUGAUGGCUUCUACCAUGUAAUUGGUUCACCUCUUGCUUUGGCGUCGAAUAGCUACGCCGAGAAGGCCUGGGUAAACUUCAAAAAUAUCCCUGUGUUGCAGAGACCGGACGUACGGUUCGUCCACGGCACUGUUAGCAAGGUCGAUUGCGAGAAUAAGACAGCAACGAUUGUCGAGCAACCAGAUCAAGUAUCGCGGGAUCAGGUGUAUGAUUUCUUUGUUGCUUCCACUGGACUUCGACGUGUCUGGCCUGUGGUGCCGCAAUCGGCGAGAAGAGAGGAUUACCUUGAAGAGGCUCGCCGACACAUCGAUGCCGUAACUAACAGUACCGCACCGGUGCUCAUUGUUGGCGGAGGAGCUGUGGGUAUUGAGAUGGCGGCUGAAUUGAAAGAGGUUCAACCCAACGUCAAGGUUUCGCUGGCGCACUCCCGAGCUAAGCUAUUGUCGGCCGAACCACUCCCUGAUAAUGUCAAGGACUGUGCUCUAGAUCUGACAGAACAAGCCGGCGUCAAUGUGCUCUUGAACCACCGCUUGAAGAGUAAGACUCCUAUUAAGAAUGAGAACGGCACCGAGGUGUUCGAGGUUGAGUUCGAAAACGGUCACAAGAUGAUUGCAAGCCAAGUGGUCAUGGCUGUCUCCCGCAGCGUACCGUCGACCACUUAUCUCCCCGAGGAUUCACUCAGCGAGGACCGCUACGUCAACAUUAAGCCAACGCUACAAUUCUCUUCGGAUAAGGUCCCUAACGCCGAGUCUCACUUUGCCGUCGGUGAUCUGAUCCAUUGGUCGGGCAUUAAGCGCUGCGGCUCAGCUAUGCACCAGGGCCGCUAUGCGGGGUUAAACAUCCACCAGCUCAUGCUGCAGGAUAUACAAGGAAAGGAGCCCGUGUUCAACGAACUAGGCGAGGUCCCGCCCAUGAUCGGCCUCGCAGUCGGCAAGAACGCCCUUUCAUACGGCGGAGAUGGCAUGAAGCACGGAAAGCAAGUGAUGGAAUGGUUCUUCGAGGAGGACCUGGGUUUCAGAAUUGUCUGGGAUCAUCUUCGUCUAGGUGGUAUUAAGGCGUGAAAUAGACCGAAAACCUUCAAUCUGUGCUUUGCUUUGACUAGGGUGUAUUGGCGUCACUGGGGUUCCAGGGUAAAAUGAUUUGACGAUUUGGGACACGAUUUAUGGCGGGUAUCUUAUGACCGCAUCACACAGUUAAACUAGAUAGUUCUUGUUAGUUGGAUAUUAAUAUGAGUAUAGUUCUCAUUCCGUCAAAAUGUAUAUAUAUGUAUUUGGUAUAUCUGAUGCAUCUGUGAUAAUGUGAAUGAAUCUCCGUUGAUAAUAAAUAGGAGGGGAUGAAAAAAAGAUAAAUCCACAUCGAUGCCCCCUAAAAACGAUAAGCGUACCUAAUCAGUUCGAGG